AUGGCGACUCCGGUGCUGGACCAAUUCCUCGGCAGUGUCGCCGAACUGGUCCAGAAUCGCAAUGGCCUCAAACUGCAGGACUUCCUCCAAAUCGAACCGCCGCUCUCCGACAUCUACAUGCGCAUGAUUGACGAAUUACGGCAGCACUACCCCUCAGACCCCCAGAAGGAUGUCGAGUUGCUCCGCCGAUGUGAGGGCCUGGUGCCACGCUCCAAAGGCAGCUCGUCAUGGACGGCCUUCCCGACCUUCCUCAAGCUCUACCUUACGUUCCUGCGCGAUGUCAAUGUCGAUAAUCUGCUCGACACAUACAAUCGCCUAAAAGGACUGCUGAACCAGUGCGUUUUAGCUCUUGGAGAUAGUCAAAUGGGCAUUAUCGUUUUGCAUACCGUCCUCUACCUGUCCAAAGUGCUGGCGAAACUAGCCAUGGGGUUAGACCGCCGACCUGACUUGAUUGCGAACACCCUGCGGAUGGAGGGCCAGGCGGAUCGUGAAGAGAAUAAUGAAAAGGUGACUUUGGUGGAACAAUCAGCCAACGUGGUGCGCGAGGCCUUUAUCAAAUGCCUCACUGAUCGCACGGGUACCCCGGGGCCGCAGGGGAAGCCUGAGGGGAAACGCGUGGGCAUCUACCUCAUGGCCAAUCUGUGUCUGAAACUCCUUUUCCAGUGCGGCAAGCUUCGCAAUGCCGAGCAGAUGUUCGCCAGUAUCAGCGCCCAAUCACCUCCUUUGACCUACUUCCCAGCUUCGCAGCGUGUGACUUACCUCUACUACCUGGGUCGCUACCUCUUCUCCAACAACCUCUUCUUUCCCGCGCAGAUCGCUCUGCAAGCUGCCUACGACCAGUGCCACCGCCAGGCGGUCAGCCAACGACAUCUCAUUCUGACCUAUUUGAUCCCAUGUAAUAUCAUCUUGGGUCGCUUUCCAUCUCAGACACUCUUGCAAAGAUCCGAGGCGCAAGGCCUAGGUGAGCGAUUCGGGCCAUUGUGCCAAUUGAUUGCCCGUGGGGACUACAUUGCCUUCCGGGAACACCUCUCUGUUCCAUCAUCGGCUGCCGAAUGGUUUGCGCGCAAAGGAAUCUUGCUUGCCCUUCGGAAUCGUUGCGAGAUUCUGGUAUGGCGUUCGUUUGCUCGCAAAGUUUUCAUCCUGGGUGGUUUUCACGGGGAUCCGCAGGCGCAGGCGCAGCGUGGUCCCCCGCCAUUUCUCUAUCUCGAGAAACUCGUUGUCGCGACCGAAUGGCUUCAGUCGCAGCACGGCCGGCCAUCGAACGAUACCUCGGUGGGUCGCAAGUCGUACGGAUCACAAGUUAUCUCUACACCAAUAGACCCGGAUUAUGAUGGGCUUACGGAUUCGAACGGGGCAUCUACAGACUCCGAGUUGCUCGAAAAGUAUGGCGACUUUCUCGCGCCGGAUGGGUUCUUCGACGAGAGAGGCCAAUGGCGGGAGAAUAUCCCCGGUCAGCUGGUGGACGGUGACCCAGACCCAGAUUAUGAAGGAUACCAACUGGACCCGUACUCGGUGUACGAUGCCGCAGACCAAUCAUCUCUCAUCAUGCAGGAAAUUGAGUCGAUUCUGGCCUCCCUCCUGACACAAGGGCUGAUGCGCGGAUAUUUGACCCACCGCAAGCCUCGUUUUGCUAUACCCGGUGCCCGCUUACGGGGUGCGCUGCCCACGGGUUUUCCCAACGUGUGGCAGACGAUAUCGGCGCGAGAGAGCGAAGAUUCCAGUGUACCAGGGUGGGUCCAGCCACCGGCUCCCACGGCAUUUGGCGCCUCAGCAGCACUAGCCGGGGGUAGUCGGGUGGUCAAUCUCAAGGGGGCGCGUCCCGUGGGGGUUCAAUAA